GCAGCUAUAAGGACCGUACAUCCAUUCAAUUAGGAUUCAUUCGGUCUAAUACCACGUUGACGUUCAAAACUAUGAUUUUUCAGACUUUCCUCAAUUGGGCCCUCUGCUUUGCGCUAAUUUUUGCGCCAAAAACCUUUGGAAAAAGAAGCUCUCUUAGGGAUGUGGAAAUAAACGAUAUGGCAAAAAGAGAGAGGUUUUGGUACAAGACAUUCAAACAAACCAAGAGAGUUGUGGAGGAGCUACCCGAGAUUGGUUGCGGGCUUCACCCAGCAAUUGUACCGGUUAAAGAUGGAACAGGCAACGCGCCCUACCGACCCCAAUUUGUACAGGUCAACCGCUGCCAAGGGGCUUGUGACCCUCAGGUUCGGCAGAACUGCGCACCGACCAAAACCCGUACAAUUGACGUCGUCGUGCAAAACUUCGACUCGGGAAGACUCACCGUUCCCGUGAUAGUGCACGAGGAGUGCAAAUGUGAUUGUCACAUACACUGUAAUUAUACCGUUCACUGGCCUAACCCCGGAGGAUGCCACUGUAAAUGCCAAAAAACAUGUAAUGGUGACGAAAAUCAGAACUUAAAAACAUGUGAAUGUACUCCUAGCGCUGUGAAGAGAAAUUUUCUGCAUCAAAUAUAUUGAAAACGCCAUCUUUAAACGUAAUAUUUAAACUCAAGUAGCUUUUUGGAACUCACUACCAACGUUGAGAAAAGAACAGUUUUUCCUAUUUCCCUUUUAUAGCAAGGCAAUUAACGAAAAAAAUCCGAAAGAUAUGUUAAACAAAGGAGAUAAAAUGUAUGUAAUGCAACUCAA